UAACCUCUAUUCUAUAUUUAGCAACAAAACCCUUUGGCUUUCUCUCGCCACGCAACGUCAACAUGCAUGCCCUCGCUGUUACCAUUCUCUCCGCAAUGCUCUCUUCUGUAGGUGCACAGUGUACCGCGACCUACCUACCGGAUACCGCGCCCGACAAAACGGAGCAAGGUCAAACUGGGACCAACAAAUGGGAGACGACAUCCAGUCAAGGCUCGAUGUGCAAAAAUGUCCAUAUCAACGCUGUUGAUGAUUUCUGCUUAUGGGCUCCGCCUACUCUAGGCCCAGAUUCUACUGUCGGUGCUACUGAGCGUCGAGGUUUCGUGGUGUCUCAAGGUUUAUUCUCUCCCUCUUGUGCAUCGAUUACCGUUCCUCGGCGUCCUUUAGAGUGGCUACGGAACUCGCGUCAUCCUCGAAGUAACUAUAACCGGCGUUCAUUUCUUCAAAUCUCCCGAGCCUGAAAUAAGACCCGCCGUCAGAGCGGAUCUGUAUGAAGUGACUUUGUACAGAAUACCGGCUCGGCAGAUUUGACGAAGCUUAAUCCUCCGAAAUACCAAGCCUCUAGUUCAGC